AUGGAAAAUACUCCUGAAAUUCCAAAUAAUAACGCUUCUCUACCUGAUCAACUAACCACAUAUCUCCUAAAACUUGUCACAGAGAUUGAAAAGUACUUCACCUUAGAGGAAGUACUUGAAAAAUUUCCGGCCAGAGAUUUUCCCACCCUUCCAAAUGGGCUGAUUGAGCAAAUGAUGAACGAGCGAGACGAGAUUCAUCGUAAGCUUGAAAGUUACGAUAGUCAGCUUGAGGGAUUAAUCACACCGGAGAUAAAAGACAGAAUAUCCACCAUGGCUCUUGAUUUAACCGAGCACAGAGACAUAAUAGGAAAUAUCUUUCAAUGCAUUAAGUUUCCUUUUCAUAAGAAAGAAGAUUAUGUUUCAGACAAAGAGACAAACUACCUUAAAAUAGCCGAUUACGUUCGCAAAUAUGACCAAACUUUUAAUCUUGGGCUCGCUCCUCUCCACCUUCAGUGGAUCCAAGAAUUCGGAGAAGUUCCUGAGGCAUCCACCGACGGCAGUGCGACAUUGAGUAACACUUCCAUGAACGAAGUAUAA